CGUACAUUUAAGCAAAAUUUGACAUCUAGGGAAAAUGUCGUCUUCCCUGAGGUCUCAAGCUUGCCAGAACCCGGCUGGUCGCCGCGCAUCUGUUCAACAUGUACGUGCAUUCAACUUUUGUAAAGCGACUGCAAAAUCAUCAGUGGUCAUUAUACGGGUUGCUUCGCCGCGACGGGUCGCACCGAAUGGGGUACAGCGCUCUUCGCCGCGGCUUGUUUACGCACGAUCUGAUCUUGGCGGCUCUCUCAAGGAAACGGCUGCCCUAGAUGAUCUCAUUGAUCAGCUGCUGAGCGCCAAGUCGCAGCAGCAGAUGGCUCAGCUGGUUGCGGAGCACAUCAUUGCCAUAGACACCAAGUUCUGGAUGCGCAUCGCCACCCGGAAUGACACCGCCGCGACCAAAGAUGACAGAGAGCGCCUACAGGCUGUAGCGAACAGCGUCAUGGUCCUCGUGGAUGCCGUACGGCGGCGUACGGAGCAGCAGCUAGAGGACAGCGGUAAAGUGUUGCAGGACAUCCUGGUUGCUGCAGCGGACGAAAAGGGCGAGUGGUACCUGCCGCUUACGGCUGAGCAGGUUCAGCGAGUGCGGGAUGCGCUGGAGCGCCACUCCAGUCGGCUGGAUGAGGCGCUGCUCUCAAACGCGUUUGCCUGGAUUAAGAAGAGCUCGGAGGAUGGGUUCGACGGCAUGGUGCAGCUGCUGCAGCUGGUGCUGCAGCUCUAUGCAGCACGGGAACUGCGCUCACCGGAGACGCAGGGCGUUGACGGCGCACUAAACAAGUUGCUGUAUUCUGAGGAGCGGCAGUGGUACUCCCUGAUACGCUCCCUGGCUGCGGAGGGAGCUAUCAGUGAGGCAUCCUUUAUGGAGGCCCUGCAGCGGCGCAUGGAGGGCGUGGUGCUGGGCUUGCAAAGCGGCUCAUAUGCACAACGGGUCCAGGCUGAGUACCUGAAGGAAGUGGAAAGCCGAGCAAAGGCUGUGUUUAAGGAGCUCGCAGCGGCCAGCAAGGUUCAGCAGCAAAACUGAACCUCUCCGCAUGAAAGAAUGGCCUUGCUUGACCAAUGACCCUAAGUGGGCACAUGGCUUAGCUUUCAUGCUUCAGCGGAGAGGUCGGAUAUGUGAUAAUACUUUGGGGGGGAAGAAAGGGUCGUCAAAGGGGCUUUAUGUGUCUUGCCGCAGAGCGGACUGAAUUUUUGAUGAUAAAACGAAUAUAUACUGCUGAUAAGCUUUGGUUCCCCUUCCUCCUGUAAGCGUUGUCUUUGAAGAAUUUAAAUAGUGUGAUGCAAGACUUUCAUUUCAUUACUUAAAUGAGGGGCUGUGAAAUAAAGCAGGUCAUGUUCCGACCGAAAUUUGCAUGGCUAAUGCCUUCACUUAAAGGCUUACUGGGCUCUCAGUGUUUAUUUCGUGGGCAAGGAUAGAGAAUAGACGAUACCUGUCCGUAGCUUGUAAGUCAUGCUGUUGGCUCUCGUGUUAAGGGCUGGUGUAACUGAAGGCAGAUU